AUGUCAUUAAUAAACUAACCUCUGUGGUUUGUUGACAAACGCCGUUUGUUUAUCAAUUUUAGAGAUUCUGCAGUAUUGUUGGGUUUUCUUUGGGUUGUAAUGUCUAAGUCCAAAGGAAAUUACCGUUCCAAACGCAAUAAGCCUACAGUCGGGCAACAGGCCAAGGAAGUGCUGGAAUCGCUUGAUGAAAAUAACCGUGUCAUUAAACUCUUCAGGGCCUUUGCAGUGGAAUUGGACGAAAAGCAUGAUCGCCACGAGCGCAUUGUAAAGCUGGGAAGAGACAUUACUAUUGAAGCAAAGCGCAUCAUUUUUUUGCUUCAUAAUAUCAGCACAGACAUCGAGGAGAAAAGAAACUCGGUGUUAGAAGAGGCCAAAAGCAGACUUUCCACUUUAUGCUCGACGAAUUUCAAAGCCAUUGCUUUGGAGCUUCGCAGGCACGACGGCUAUUUGUAUCAUCGGGCUUUCACUGCUGGAAUGCAGGAAUUCAUUGAGGCCUUGUGCUUCUACCAGUACAUUAAACAGGACUCCAUUGGUAACUGGGUGGACAUCAAUCGGAGUUUCCAGUUCGAGGACGAGGAUCAGCAGAAAAUUCAAUUGCUAUUCACGCAGUAUGAUUUUAUCUUGGGAAUUGCUGACUUCACGGGCGAGCUGAUGCGAAAAUGCAUUAAUACACUCGGAUCGGGGAAUGUGAGCGACUGCUUUAAACUCUGCAACUUUGUGCGAGCAAUCAACACCGGUUUCCUGGGUCUGUCCUAUUCAGGCAACAGGGAGGUGUCAAGAAAAACUCACGUUUUGCGGCAAAGCCUGGCCAAAAUGGAGCUGGUGUGCUACAACAUACAAAUCAGAGGAAGCGAAGUUCCCAAACACAUGCUGCUCAGUGUGAUUGAAUCCCAAGAAGCCGACAACAACGACGACGAAGGAUUUUGCAUCUAAGCCACUAAUUGAGGAGUUUAUUUGUGAAUAGAAAAUAUGUUUAAUAGCUUCGCUAGUGGGUGCAAAUUGCGUCAUCGAUCAGCACUGCGCUGGUACCAUUUAAUAUUUUGCGCGCACUUCAAAUCCAUUCGAAAAUUGUAUAAAAGCGAUAAUAAGGAUUUUAGCGGCGAUUGUAAUUUUGUAAACGCUUCGACACUAAUUUGCCGCAUAAAUAAACCACUUGACAGUUUUA